UGACUAAUCUAAGAUACCAAUGAGGGUAAGGGUCGACGGCCGGAGCUGUAAGGCCCUGAGUAACCCGAGUUUGAGGCAUGUCCCAUAAUGCCCUGAUGAAACCCGGCAAGACCCCUGAUUCACGAUCAAGGUUGUCACGUGUAAGCUGCUCUGCAGUGCUUCGCAGGAGAUUUUCACUAGUCUGCGACCGAGAUCGUAAGAAACGCCAAGACCCGGUGCCGACCAGGAGACGGCACAUCGAAAAGUCGAAUCGUCCAUUUCGAGAAUGCGAUGGCUGUCGCCCGCGUUAGCCAAGACUUUUCCGAGCCCUAUCUUAUGUUGCUCGAUCUUGGCUUUAAGCUCGAAACCAAACGUGGGUGCUUUCCUAAUCAGUUCUUAUAUAGCGGCCGUAAGCCCUACGCUGUCGAAUUUCACAUCACUAUCUCUGCCAAGGAGUCUGAGAAGGUUUUGUAUGCCAUACGCCCUGGUCAUUAGAGAAACCAACCCUAACAGAAUCAGAAGGCUUAGAAGUCAGCUGGAACGUCUUCCAAGACAUUGGAGGAUUUUCGCGGGCCGCACUCAAGACUCGGCUAAUAUCCUUCGCCGCCUAGGUGUAUUACUUCAAGUACUAUCUAAGGUGAGCUCAAUCCAGAAUUCUCUUAAAACGUGAGUGAAAUCGAAGUUUCCGAAGUCCAUUCCUCAUUCCUAAUUCCCGCAGACAUUUA